AUGAUUUUCACUCAAGAUUUAUUAGUUUUCUUAUUCCUCACUCUUCUCGCUCCCGUUAAUGCUUUGCCUAAGAAAAAUGCUGCUUCUUCCACAACUAGUACGACAAAGGCAGCUACAUCUGGCGGUAUCACAACAGCAUCGGAUGGAUCAAUGAUCUUAGAUAAAACUGUUCAAAUCAACGGUUUGCCAAUUCGCUACAAAAUCAGUGCUCCAGCCAAUACGUUCACCUCAGCAUCUGGCGUAACUGGCGGUACGGCAUCAGCCAACACCACAGGAACCGCAGGUCUCAACGUUCUUCUUCACGGAGAUGGAGGAACAUCUUUCUUCGAUUUCCCCAAUCAAGCAGUUCAGAACAAUCUCAUGGGCGUCGUUGUUCUCGCUCCCAAUAAAAAUAUGUUCUGGGGAGGUGGAUCAGGUCUUCAACGUACGGAUGGCGUCGCACACGCUGCUGCGGUUAAUUCGCUCAUUCAAACACAACUAUCAAAAGAUGUAGCAUUCGAUAAUACAAAUGUCUUCUUCACGGGUGUUUCAGGGGGUUCGCUACUUCUUUCUGGAUUUUUCAUGCCGGCUUUCGGAGCGCAGUAUAAGACGGGAGUUUUGUUGAAUUGUGGUGCAUUGACACCACAGGUGGCGGUUGUGGAUCCAGAUACGUUGGCGAAGAAUACGAAGAUUCAUUUUCAAAGCUCGAAAGAUGAAUUGACGUUAUUGCAACCUGCUAUUCCGGAUGCAGUUGCUGCGUAUGAGAAAUUGGCUACGGCAGCGGGAAUGACGACGGAUCAAAUUGGCAGCCUGCAGACAGUGGACAAUACACCAAAUGGAGGGGGUCAUUGUGGAUUCGAUAAUAAAGCCUUCGUAUCAGGAGUUCAAUUGAUGGCAACGAAUUAUGCUAAUGUCAUGUCCGCUAAUGCUUCUGGUCAGGUUACGGGGAUUGGAAAUGUUUUGAAGACGGUGGUGGGAAAUGAGAAAUUAACUUUUAUAACUGCUAAUUGA